AUGCUACAAGAAGAAACACGAGAAAGAGAAUUUGGAAUUCUUAAGAAUCAUUAUAAUAAAGAAGAGAUUCUUAUUGUACAAGGCAGUAAUAAACAAUUGAUUCCUGUUAAAAAUAUUUUAGAUCCUGCAUAUAAUGUUGGAAAAGGAGCACUAUGCAAGAAAU